AGGCUGCGCACCGUGACUCUCCAACCACGCUACGGCCGAAUAUCCGACAUGCCCUUUUCUGAGGGAUGCCUCGAAAGCCUCCGCUCGCUCCUACGAGCGCACAGUGAACAGCUGGACUGCGUGAGGAUACAGUCGAAUGGUCUUCUCGUACAUCUGGCGGACGCAUUGCCCAGCGAUCUCCGCAGGCUGGAGUUCGAAGAGUUUACAUUACCGAGCGAGGCCGGCGAUACUGCAGCACUUCGACGGACCCACGGUUUGAAGGAGCUUAAGAUCAGCACAUGGUCGGAAGAUGAACUUCUUGAACAGGCCUCUAUUGAGCUGGAACACUUCCUUCGGGCCCCGGGCCCCCUGGAACGCCUCGAGCUGAUUCGCUAUUUUAUACCGACGCUUACCCUGGGGGCGGGUGGGCUGACAAGCCUACAGUGUCUCGUUCUGGAGGAAUGCAACUACGACUCACUGCUUGAGGAGCUGGCGGGCCUUCCCCGCCUGCGGUCGCUCAUUUUGUGCCCCCCGCAUCCCCGGCCUUUACACGAAGUGUUCCGAGAGAUCACGCCCGCCGUCAUCCCCGCCCUCGAGGUGGUCGUCGUCUCUGAACGCGUCACACUCAAUGGACUCGGCCACAGCUCUCCCGGAACAGCACACACGCGAGUCCCUCGGCUGAUCUCGGAGCUGCAGGGUCUGGUGCGUCGUGCCCCCGCGCCGCUGCACGCCAUUUACUGUUACGACACGAUGUUCUUCAGGCACCCCGUGUCAGAGAGGGUGGGCUGCCCGCUGUGCCGCGAGGCCUCGGUCGAGGCCGUCGCUGCCAUGCACGAGUACAUGGGGGGUCGCAAGCACAUUAAGCUGGACGGUUCAGUUCAUUGUGUAAAGGUGUAACAAAGAAAGGUAAAACACCAAUCGCAACCAAGCAAAUGUACUGUUCCGUCUCUUCGCUACCAGUAGAACCGAUUCUUGCCACUCGAACGGCAUUCUUUUCAGUGUCGAAUAUGUAAUUGUUUUGUUAUUUUUUGUCGGGGUGCUGUGCCCGUCCCGCCCACGCUCACGUACAGUACCAGCGACGUAUCUGGUAGCCCUCCCACAAUGAGUGUACCGUAAGCCACUACGCUGUCCGUAUUCUUAGCGGCGAGGGUGCACAAA